CUUCCCAGCGAGUUACCAGUUUUUUUUAGUAGCAAAAGCAAAGGAAGGUAGGAAAACAGUUUAACAGAUAUUUAAAGACGCUGGUGAAUUUAGUAGCAAUUCUGGGAGGCAGAGAAAAACUACAAAGGAAACUGAAAGAGACGCGUGUUUUGUCGAGAUGCAUUUCUAUUGUUUGCUCAUAUCUAGAAGUGUUUUGAAAAGUUUACUGCCAGAAACUAUGUACAGAUGAAAAUACAUGUGCCGCGAUUUAAUGCUAAGUAAGUGUAAUUUGUACAAAAGCGUGGAGUGAACGAAUCCCAGCCUUUAUGUUUUCAUUUAUUGCAGUACGGAAUAACGAGCUGCCAACUGCUUUUAUCCUGUUAUUGUUUUCCUGGUAAUAGGUUAUUAAAACUCUCUGUUAUUCUGAAGCGGUCCUCCUGAUUUUGCAAGCAUUGUAAAAGGGGUACCCUGCAGCUCAGGUUAUUUUACUGCCUAUAUGCAUUGCACUAUUUAUCUGUAAAGUCCAAAUGUAUGGAUGGACAAGAAGUAAGUGCAACUCUCAGGGGGAAUGCCCAGAUUCUCAGACCAGUGGAAACUGCAAAUUAUUCCGUUUGGAGCUAUAUGAAGAAGCUAAGAAUUAACCAUCUUCGAAAGAAAUAAAAAGGACCAAUGAAGCAGCACUUUUCUAUAGUUGUCACCCAAGGCUUUGUCUGCGAGGAGCUUGUUAUGAUUUGGUCGGAAAAGGUUGCGCUGACCGAUUUUCAGGGCCAUCCACUUCUCCUUUCAUGAAUGAAACUGUACCUUGGAAUGUACUUUACUGAUUGCCAUGAGGAGGGAUGCAACGUGUAUAUAGCAGGAGUCAGAGAAAACAUGUCAGCACGCACAGCAAAGGAUGGUCGCAGUUGCUGCGUAACUGAUUAUUAAUGACAAUAGAAGAAGUAUGAUCUGUGUAUCAAAUUUCACAUUGCUUUAAAGUGACAUCUCAACCAGCAUGGUUUCUAGAUGUAUUCCAUUAAUCUCAUCAUAUACAGAUGUGACUAUACACGGCACUGAAAUAAUGUUGUGAUACACACAUCCAGCACAGGGUGGGUCUGCACCACCACGGAGAGUGGAAGGUGUCAUUAUGAUAGCAACUGGAGGUGUUAUCACAGGUCUGGCAGCAUUAAAGAGGCAGGACUCGGCCAGAUCCCAGCACCAUCUGCCUCAUUCUACACAGCCUCUUGCUCAGGAGAAAAAAAGAGCCAAGCGCAGACCUAGAACCGAUGUGGUGGUUGUCAGAGGAAAAAUUCGACUGUACUCACCAUCUGGCUUUUUCCUCAUUUUAGGUGUGUUAGUCUCAAUGAUGGGAAUUGCCAUGGCAGUGCUUGGCUACUGGCCAGUUAAAGGAAAUAUGCCUGUUGCUGAAGCCAGACUGUCAACUAACGAUACACAAAUUACACGGGAUGAAAGGGGAUUACUAGCCCAGUUUUUUGAACAACAUUUGCACUCUGAUAGAAUGAAAAUGCUGGGUCCAUUUACCAUGGGGAUUGGGAUUUUUAUAUUUAUUUGUGCUAAUGCCAUUUUACAUGAAAACAGAGACAGGGAGACCAAAAUUAUCCAUAUGCGGGAUAUAUAUUCCACUGUAAUUGAUAUACACAGUUUACAAAUGAAGGAACAGAAGUAUUUAAAUGGUGCCUACACAGGACAUUCAAGAGACAUGGAAUUUAGGCAGCAUGAGAACCAGUGUGCUUCUAAACUGGCAGCUAAUACAUUACUGUCAUUCACUGGCUUUGGUGCAGACAGUAGAAGAGUUCAAAGAGGAAGUGCCUCUGAGGAUGAAGAUGGUUUAUCUUUUGAAAAUAGGAACAUUGACAACCUCCUUCCUCCUUUGUGCAGAGUAAGGUCAGGUUCCAUCUUUGGCCUUCAUCCAGAAACAAUCAAGGCUAGGGAUGACAAAAACAGCAGUACAAAAAGAUGUGAAACAAAGUCCAUUGUAUCUUCAUCUAUCAGUGCUUUUACUCUUCCUGUAAUCAAGCUUAACAACUGUGUUAUUGAUGAACCUGACAUAGACAACAUCACAGUGGAUUCUGACUGCAACAAAAUCAGGUCAAGGAAUCCAUCCAUGGAUUCCUUGGCUGUUCCUUUAACAGAUACCACUGAGUCAUUUAAGGCCACAAAUGUCAAGCUGAUGAGGAGCAAUUCAGCGAUAGAGUCAUCAUCCAGUAUAAUCAAAUCUCCUUCUGCAGUUGGAGGAAAGCUUCUUUCUCCUGGGGCUGCCAAGAAGGACUUUGGUUCAAACACCUCCCUUCAUAUGCUUUCUUCACAUUCAAAAUCUCUAGACUUAGAUAGGGGCCCUUCCACUCUUACUGUCGAAGCUGAACAGAGAAAACAUCCUAGUUGGCCAAGGCUGGACCGUAGUAAUAGCAAGGGAUACAUGAAGUUGGAGAACAAAGAGGAUCCAAUGGAUAGACUGCCUGUGCCACAAAAUGCGAAUAAAAAGGAUUAUAGUAACAAAGAAAAGCUGCUUAUGAUCUCACGGUCACACAACAACCUUAGUUUUGAACACAAUGAGUUUUUAAGUAACAGCUUAAAAAGAGGGACAUCAGAAACAAGAUUCUAGUCUGAAAUUCACUCAUGUUUCUUAAGGUGUUAUAUUUUCCAAAUAUGAAGAAGUAAUUGUGUUUGGUCAUUUUGAAACAGAAGUAAGUGUACGUUAGAUGAUUGUAAAGUGUUCACUCUGAUCUUUGUGUGUAAACUCUGUAUCCACAGUAGUCAACAAAGGGCCAUACUAUAGAAAAUUCAUGAACAGCUACAAAGACUAGAAUGAAAACCUCUUACAGAUUAUAGAUGAUAGUGCUUUUACAUUGUACAUUGGAUAUGUAGUUAUUCUAGUUGUAGCAAAUGUGUGCUACAGAAAUUAUUUUAACAUUUCUGUGCCCAUACAAGUAUCUUGCACAAGAGUUUCCUUGCAAAAGAGUUUCCUUUUAAUUGAAUAAAAUCUAAGUCCAAAAAGAGUCUAACUUUAUAUUUUUUAACUUGGUGAUUACAAAAUUAUAGUCUACUAUACCAGACUGAGAGUUUGCCUACAUAAGAGGCCUGAUGCACUGAAAAGGAGUAUGUUUACUAUAUAUUAAACUCUAUUUAUAGGUU